AUGGAGUCUUUGUCAGUGGCAAACACACAUUUUGCCCUUGACCUGUUCAAGAAGAUCAGGGAAAGCAACAAAAAAGGCAAUGUGUUCUACUCUCCACUCAGCAUCUCCUCUGCGCUGGCCAUGGUGUCUCUAGGAGCUGCAGGCAACACUGAAGCUCAGAUGUCUGAGGUCUUAUGCUUCAACAAACCAGUGAAGCCUGAACCUGCCCAAGCAGCAACUGUUCAACAGGCUCAGAAAGCCCAGAAGGCCCAGAAAGCCCAUUUGCCAGAAGCACUACAAAAACAGUCUUUACACUUCAGAAAAGCCAAGGAUGACAUCCACAUUGGCUUCAACAAGCUCACAACCAAACUGAACAAACCAGGAGCUCCAUACGCCCUCAGCUUGGCCAAUCGGCUUUAUGGAGAGAAGACCUACCGAUUUGUGGAGAAAUUUCUAGGUGAUACAAAAACACAAUACCAUGCUGAGCUGGAGACCGUUGACUUUAAAUCAAAUGCAGAGGCUGCUCGUGUAAAUAUUAAUACAUGGGUGGAGAAACAUACACAAGAAAAGAUCAAGGACUUGCUGGCAAAAGGAGAUGUUGACGAUUUGACCAGACUUGUCUUGGUGAAUGCCAUCUACUUUAAGGGCAACUGGCAUAAGAAGUUUGAAAGCACUGCGACCAGACAGGUUCAGUUUCAGCUGAACAAGAAAGACACUAAGCCAGUUCAGAUGAUGCACCAGAAAGCAAAGUUUGACCUGGCUUAUAUCCCUGAAAUGGAAUGCCAGAUUCUAGAAAUGCCAUAUGUGGGAAAUGAACUUAGCAUGCUAAUUAUGCUACCUAAAGAGAUUCAGGAUGACACUACUGGGCUUGAGAAGCUUGAGCAAAACCUCACCUAUGAGAACUUCAUGGAGUGGACACAGCAUGAUAUGAUGGACCAUGUGGAGGUGGAGGUGGCUUUGCCUCAGUUCAAACUGGAAGAGACCUAUGACAUGAAGGGGCUACUCAUCAGCUUGGGCAUGGUGGAUGCCUUCGACCCAAUCAAGUGUGAUUUUUCACACAUGUCUCCGUGCGAUGAUCUGGUGCUGUCCAAGGUGGUGCAUAAGUCUUUUGUGGAGGUGAAUGAGGAAGGUACAGAAGCAGCUGCGGCUACUGCAGUCGUCAUGAUGUUGCGGUGCGCCAUGCUACGCCCAGAGAGGUUUGUUGCAGACCACCCAUUCCUCUUUUUCAUCAGACACAAUGAAACUAAAAGCAUUCUGUUCUGUGGGCGGUUCUGUUCUCCUUAAACUGCCUGAUGUAUUAAUCACAUAUUUACUACUGGUCUUUUCAGGAAAUGUCAGCAUGUGCAGUGGAAAACGAAUGUAUUAGUCUGUUUAUAAAGUUGUUAAACAAUACUAUGCUGAGGAAGACAUGAUAAACAUCAAGAAUGAAAAGCAAUUUUCUGUUUUUAUUAAUGAACUCCUGUGGCCGCUUUCGUGAAAUCCUAAGUAUUUCUUCUGAAGCUAAAUGCUUAAUCACUUUUUUUUUUUUUACACAGCUCAAUUAAGGUAAAGAGGGAAAAUUUAAAGCUGAGUUUCACUUAAGAUGCUUUAAGGCAGUGAUCCCUGGUCUUACUAGUGUGCCUCAUCCUAUAUGCCUGUGCCUUAAUCCUACUAUAUAAUCUGUAGCUUUAAGCUGAAAUGCCUUAUGUGGUUAACAAGAGUGAUGUGCAGUUGUCACUAUUUUAUGCCAUGAAAUGAAGCACUGUUUAACUGAACCUUUUGACUAAUAAAAAAUACAUGAAA